AAAAAAGAGACUCGCGUUUGAAACUUUUCUUCACAUCUCUGCACGUUUUAGUGAAUCCUUCAGAACAGACAUGGCCUGUGCCGCAAGUCUAAUGACUGAGGAGAACUUUCUUUGUUCUAUCUGUCUGAGCGUGUUCACUAAACCUGUGUCCAUUCCCUGUGGGCACAACUUCUGUCUUCAGUGUAUCACAGACUACUGGGAAACUUGUGAUAUUUUAUUCCAAUGUCCGCUGUGCAAUGAGAAAUAUUACAACAAACCAAUGCUUCGGGUUAACAGUUUCAUUGCUGAGAUGGCGGGAAAGUUCAAGAACUCUGUUCAGAAAAAGGCUUGUGGUGACUCUGUACAAGCACAAAAUGGAAACGUGCUCUGCGAUCUCUGCACAGGGGCAGAUAAGCUCCCAGCCCUCAUGUCCUGCUUGGUGUGUCUUAUGUCGUACUGUCAAACACAUCUGGAACGUCAUUUGAGCGUUUUAGCCUUGAAGAAACACAAGCUGAUCCACCCAGUGGCAAACCUGGAGAGCAGGAUAUGCAAGAAUCAUGGUGAACCACUGGAGCUGUUCUGCAAGGAGGAGCUAAUGUUUCUGUGUGAAUCCUGUAAAGACAGUGACCACAAAACUCAUAAGACAGUGACUCUAGAGGAGGAGGCUCAAAUGAGGAAAACCCAGCUGGGAUUAGAAAGGAAAGACACGGAUCAGCUGAUCCAGGUGCGUCAGCAGAAAAUCCUCGAGAUUCAACACUCGCUGGUGGCAAACAGAAACACUGCAGAGAAGUCACUGUUAUGCAGCAGGCGUGUGAUGACUGCUAUGGUGGACUACAUAAGGAGAAGCCAAGCUGAGCUGACUGAGAUAAUUGAGACGAGGCAGAAAAAAAAUGAAACAGAAGCAGAAGGCCUCAUUAAUGAACUGGAGGAAGAAAUUAUGCAAAUAAAGGAGAAAAAUCAGCAGCUUAAUGACAUUUCACUAACCGAUGACCCCUUCACAUUCCUUGAGACUGUCCUUUCUCUCACCAUUAUUACGCCCGUAGUGAAGGACUGGUCUGCUGUGAAUCCUAUCGGUGACCAGUUUUUCACUGAGGUGCCCCUGGUCCAGCUGUGGUCAAAGGUCAAAAGAGAAAUAAGCAUGCUUUGUGAUCCCAACUUGAAACAGAUGCAGAGGCACGCUGUUGAUGUGACCCUGGAUCCUGACACAGCAAAUGCUACUCUCAAUGUUUCUGAAGACGGAAAGCAAGUAACACAUGUAAACCAAAAGAAGAACGUGCCGAACAAACCAGCGAGGUUCGAUCACGUCCUUAAUGUGUUGGCCAAGGAAGGCUUCUCCUCAGGAAAAUGGUACUAUGAGGUGCAGGUAAAAGACAAAACACAGUGGGAUUUAGGAGUUGCACUCCAGUCCAUCAACAGGAAGGGAGAUAUAAGGCUGAGCCCGAACAACGGAUACUGGACUAUUUGGCUGAGAAAAGGAAACGAGCUCACAGCCAACGCAGGCCCUGCCGUUAACCUCGAAAGGAGCGAGAUGCCUCAAAAGGUCGGGGUGUUUGUGGAUUAUGAGGAGGGUCAGGUGUCGUUUUAUGAUGUGGAUGCUAGAGCCAAUAUCUACUCUUUCACUGGAUGUAACUUCACUGAGAAGCUCUUUCCGUUCUUCAGCCCCUGUGCUAAUGACGAGGGUAAAAACUCAGCCCCCUUGAUCAUCACUCCUGUCAAAUACAACAGCUUGUGAAACACAUGUGGUGAAGGAGCUGCUGAGGAUUCCCAUGCAGCCACCAGGACAUCCACACACACCUCUGUGGGAUUAUGAUAUAGCUAUAUAUUUCUGUGGUUUGAAAAAGAGAUUUGUAUGAGCUGGCCAUUAAUUUUAAUGCUUGCUACAAAGCUGCUUUCGCCUGCCAAUGUGGCCAUAGCAAUGCCAGAGCUGCUGUAUAGCAGUCACAAAUAUUCUAGGCAUUUGUUUUGUGUUGUUUGGACUUUUGCGAGACGAAGACUGUUCACUUAAGACAUGAUGGAUGGGCUCGCUUCUUAUGGUGGGAUUAAACAACUAUUACUGUUUUCAGAAAAGACUCGCUUAAUCAGCACUCAGGUGCAAUGACUAAAUAAUAGCAUCCGGAAUCUAUUAAAAUAAAUUGAAGGGCUCUUAUUCCUCUAAUGUAGCUGCAGAUAAGAAUUGUUUUCUCCACAAAUUUAAUGUUAUUUAGUUAAAAGGGAAAUUGCUGAAUGGAUCUGUCACAAAAUUGGAGCCUGACUGGCACCUAAUGCAAUGUCCUCUAAUUAAAAAUUAGACAAACUUGCAAGGUGCAGGCUUUCAGAGUUCAAAUGCAGCAAAUCCGUUUGAGAGAAUUAAGCAGCCAUUUAUGAGUGCAGUCAAUUAGGGUCUCAUUGUUUUCCUUUUUCUUUGUUUAGCGUUAUACGUCUUUUUUGUUAUGUUGUUAAUCUGCUCCAUCUUCUGUAUUGGCUUGUAUGAUUUCAUUUACACAUUAAAUAGUUGAAUAGAUAAAGAAGACAGAUGGAUAGAGCUGGUAAAAAUGCUCCUGAAUUGCUAAGAUGCCAGAGCUGUGACGCUGGCCAAGACACCAUGAUGAGCUUCUGGAGGAAACCCUUGUAAGGUGAAUAUCAAUUAAUCACUGUUGAUUAAAAAACAUAUGUUACUUUACCUUUAUGUUUUACAUAUUCAGUAUUGUUUACAUGAAAUUUCUCUCACAUAUGUAAGUGUUUAGGUCCUAAAACUAUGUUAGAAAGUUGAUCUGCAGCCUUUUUUCUUCGUUAUAUUUGAUUUUCCGACUAUUGGUUGAAUGAAAAAAGCAAUUAUUAAAGAUGUCACUCAGACACAGAAAUAAUUUUCUUUUUUCUGACUUUGUGUUGUUCUUUGAAUGCAUGAAUGUUUGUACUGUAGAAAGACAGAAAGACAAAAUUGAGGUGAAAAAUAAAUAGAGAUGCAAUAAAGUUGCACACAGUUCUA